GCCCUCCUCCGGCCCAGCUCCAGCGGCGGGGAAGGAAGCGAAGGCGCUUGACUGCCCCAGAAGUCGAAAUGGGAGCGAUGCUGCGCCUGUGGAAAGGAGCCAUUUUGCUCCGGACACUCGCGGCCGAGGGGCUUUCUCCACUUGGGCCGUGGGCACGUGGCGGCUUCCCCAGAAGAGCCGCGUCCGGAGGGAGGGAAAGGGAGAUCCUCUUACGCGUCCAUGGAGAGGCGAAUUGCGGUAUUGCAGAAAUUCUGAUGAACAGACCACAUGCCAGAAAUUCACUGGGGAAAAAGCUUGUGGAUGAACUGUAUGAAACUCUUGAUGUUCUCCAUUUUGAUGAAAGUGUCCGUGUGGUGAUAGUUAAGAGCAAUGUAGAAGGAGUGUUUUGUGCAGGUGCUGACUUGAAAGAGCGCGCCCAGAUGUCCGAUAGUGAAACUGAUCAUUUUGUUCAAAGGCUCAGAAGUUUAAUGGAUGGCAUUGCUGCACUACCAAUGCCUACUAUUGCUGCAAUUGAAGGUUAUGCAUUGGGUGGUGGCUUAGAACUGGCACUAGCCUGUGAUCUUCGAGUGGCGGCUUCAUCAGCUAAAAUGGGACUGAUCGAAACUACCAGAGGACUUUUCCCUGGCGCAGGUGGAACCCAGCGUUUACCACGCUGUAUUGGAACAGGCCUAGCUAAAGAAUUGAUUUUCACUGGUAGACAGAUUGAUGGACAAGAGGCAUUCUCAAUAGGGUUAGUUAAUCACACAGUACCUCAGAAUAAGGAAGGAGAUGCAGCUUACAAAAGAGCACUUGCUUUGGCUGAAGAGAUUGUUCCUCGGGCCCCGAUAGCUGUGAAAAUGGGUAAAGUGGCUAUAAACAGAGGAAGCGAGGUGGAUAUUGCCUCUGGGAUGGCUAUUGAACGAAUGUGUUAUGCUCAGAAUAUCCCUACCAGAGACCGUCAAGAAGGGAUGGCUGCUUUCAUAGAGAAACGACCACCCAAGUUCAUUGGGAAGUGAUGCUGCCAAGCUGUGUUCAGAUGCCUAAAGACAACUCUGGGAACUGAAAGGCUGUGCCUUGCUAGGGGUUUUUUUUUUUUUUUAAACAUAAAUUGUUAUAUUGAGUGAAUGUUUGAAUUUCUCUUCUGUCCCUUUUGAAGCAAUAAAACUCUAGAAGGAUA